AAGUCGUCAGCCAGUUCGGAUUCGUUCGUGAAUGGAUACGCGAGUGUUUUUCGCUUAGCUCCUCCGCGCACCUGGCUGCCAGACGGCAUACGCGUGUGUUGGUGUUGUGUUUUCUGUGGUACUGUUGCUAUUCGCAUUCUUUCACAACCGUGUGUUCGGUUGGGUUUACUGCUAGCUGCUUCUGCUGUGUGGUGGAAGGGCAAGAAGAGGCGGCGAUAAGAAAAAAAAUAUUGUUCGGUCAGUGCAACAAUGAUGUUUUCGCUAAAUGAGCCUAUUUAGCGAUAGUUGAUCAAAACUAAACCGCGUCCUGUUGGGAGGUGAACGUUGAAACCGCGCGGUGGUGUAUCGUCAAAUUGUGGUUCGGUGAUGAAUGGCGGUUAAAAUCCGACCCGAAAAGAAAAAAAAUGAAUCUGUGCUGGUGGAUUUGCGUGCGUGAAUCAUAACAAAAGUGGCAGAAAAAUUCCAACGAAGUGGAGGCUGUGUGCUGCUGCUGCCUGUUGAGUUUCUUUUUCUUCUGCUGAGCCGUUUGUUGGUGUUGUUGUUGCUGUUGAUGCUGCUGCUCAUUUUCAUACCUCACACAUAGUAUCUACUGUUGCAGCUCAGACAGCAAAAUAAAAAAAAAUCGCCGAAGAAUUGAAAAACAAAAUACCAUUGUGACUGCAUCCGGGCCAAACCGAGACGACCCCGCUAUGUAAGUGCCAGAGCAGCAGAGGAGAGAAUGUAUUGAUUGAAGAAUUACCUCCAGUCAGUCAGUCCGUCAGUGUUGUUGGUGUUUCCGUGUGUGCUGUGUCCGGUCGAGAAAUGGAAGAAAACGGUGAAACGAUGGCGUAAAUAAAUUCAGGAAAAAUCACAGAUAAGAUAAGCAACAUUUGCUUAGACCAUAUCACAUCAUUCACAUUCGAGAGGGCCUCCGGUGAGCGAGAGAGCCCGUGCCCGAGCCCGUGGUGUACCCGUUGCAUGUGUGUAAAUAGCGUUCAGUCAAAAGGCGAAAAGUCAUUCUACGUGGAAGUGUAAGUGCGUGUGUCAUAGGGAACACAGAACGGCACCGAAAUGGUGAUAGGGAAACUGCAGCCGCUGGAAUUCACGGACUGUCUGCUGGACAGUCCGGAAUUCCGGGAAAACCUGAACCAACACGAGAAGGAGCUGGAGAAGACCAGCCAGCAAAUCAAACGGAUUAUCAAAGAAGUGAAGGACCUGCUGGCCGCGGCUAAAAAUCUAUCCCGGGCGCAGCGAACUCUGUCCAAGAGUCUCAAUGAAUUCAACUUCGAGUGCAUCGGUUCGACGCAAACCGACGAUGAGCAGGUGAUAGCAGAUAGCCUUAAGCAGUUUAGUAAGCUCAUAUCGGCGAUCGAAGAAGAACGCGAUAAUAUGCUGGACCGGGCGCACGACCAGAUCGUCGGACCGUUGGAGGAGUUUCGCAAGUGUCAUAUAGGGGGCGUGAAGGAGAACAAGAAGAAGUACGACAAGAAGACGGCCAAGUUUUGCCAGGCGCAAGAAAGGUUCCUCAACAUGUCCUCCAAAAAGCCGGGGACUGCCGUCGUAGAGGCGGAUGCAUCAUUAGGAAUGCUAGAAAGGGAAUACCUGCAGGAAUCCCUCAGUUAUGUUCUGGGAAUUCAGGAAGUACAGGAAAGGAUAAAGUUCGAGUUUGUGGAAAUUAUCUUAAGAUUCAUAUCCGAUUGGCUAGUGUUUUACCACCUCGGCCAUGAAGUAGCAGAAGAUGCCAAAGACUAUCUAUCAGAUCUCCAACUCAAAGUUCAAAAGACAAGGGAAAACUUUGAUGAGACUCGGCAGAAAGCGCAGGAAUUAAAACACAGAUACAUGGAGAGUAAAAUGAAACCAGAGAGUGAAUUCACCAAGCAGGGCUAUUUAUUUCUUAUGGAAAAAAAGGCAUUCACUGCAACAUGGUCCAAAUAUUACUGCACGUACAAAAAGCAGAACAAAAAGUUCUCUAUGCUGCAAUUCAACCAAAUGUCGGGCCGAUCGCAAUCAUCGACGGAGGUGUUAACGUUGGCAUCGUGUACGCGGAGGUUGUCCGAGUUUGAGAAACGGUACUGCUUCGACUUGAUCUUCGACGAGAGGCCUGCCAUCACGUACACGUUUCAGGCGCUCAGCGAAGAGGACCGCAAAGCAUGGCUGAAUGCGAUGGAUGGGAAGGAACCGACCUAUCCAAUACCAUCGACGCAUCACAACGAGGAUGGUAACCUAGAUGAAGUUGGUUUCGCUUUUGUGCGGAAAUGUAUAGAAGUUCUGGAACGACGGGGGCUGGAGGAAGAGGGUCUGUACCGCAUUGGCGGAGUGAGUACAAAGAUAACGAAGUUAUUGAACAUGGGACUAGACAGAAAAAAGACUGAACAAGAUAGAUUGACGUUUUUCAAUGAUGAGCAAAGCUCGGAUGUGUUAGAAAGUAAGACGAUAGCGAGCGCACUGAAGCAUUAUUUAAGGAACCUUAACGAACCGUUGAUGACAUUUCGGUUGCACCAUUCGUUCAUAGCCUCGGCAAAGCAAGAAACGCGACAACAGCGGAUAAACGAUGUGCAUACGUUGAUACACAGGUUACCUAAGAGUCACCUUGAAAUGUUGGACAUUGUCAUCAGGCAUUUGAAAUCCGUUUCCCUCAAAUCGGACAAGAACAAGAUGUCGGUGUUCAACCUAGGCGUAGUAUUCGGACCAACACUGCUGCGUGCGGCAGAGGAAACUGUUGCUGCCAUAUUAGAUAUCAAGUUCAACAACGUUGUGAUAGAGAUCCUGAUCGAGAACUACGAUAAAAUCUUCAAAACGCAACCCGGGAAGAACACGGAUUACCUGCCACAUGCCAAUACGAGUCCGCCGGUGGCGAUGCCCCGUUCCUACGGAGGAAUCGGUGGCGGCGGUGGCGGAGGAGGCGGUGGAGGGACUUAUGUGAAAGAUCGCGGCUCCACCUACUCGCAGCCGGUCGUGCGGGUGGUAGCCAAAUCCAAUUACACCGAACCCGUUAUGUCCUCUAGCCUUCAAAACAUUUCCAACGGACUAUCUCUGUACAGUAAAGGAACUAAUCACUAUCCCACCUAUGAAGCGAAACCUAAGAUCAUCACCUCGAUGAACAACUCAACGCCAUUCCUGUUGCGGGACACGACCUUGUCGCCUCGCGAAAUAAGUAUAGACACGCGGGAGUCGACCUACCUAAAAUCGGCGCCAUCCACAAUCACCAUCAGCAGUCACAACAGUCCUCCUCCUCCCGGUCACAACCAUCAUAUGGUGCGGCAGGACGGCGGAGGAGGAAGUAGUCAGCUAUAUCAGAGCGCCUACCAGAGCCAUCUGCUGCACAACCGAGGGGAACCGAUGUCCAUGGUUCGGGGUGGCAGUGCGGGCUCGGAUACCAUCUACGGAACCACCACGGCCAUGCACAAAAUGGGUCACUCCAAUCCGAUGACCAGCAGCGAUUCGAACCUAACGAGCACUAGGAAAGACCUGUCCAUCUACGAUCGGAUAAAUUCCACCAGCAGUUCAAACGAGUCGGUGUGUUCCUCCUCUAGUCGCGAUUUAAAUCACUCAUACGGAGGAAGCACCCGGGUGAUGCCCAGCUGGGAGUACGGUACGGGUAACGGGAGCAUCGGCGUGGUCAGCAGUGCGCUCAGCAAGUUCUCCAUUCGGGACGAUUCUAGUCAAGGUUAUAUCCCGAAGAAGACGCAACGCACGAAAGGACUCACCCGCCAUACCAAACUAGUGACGCCUAGGGAUAAUCUACGAGUACGGACGUUGUAUGCAUGCUUAGCGGAAAACGACGGAGAACUCUCAUUUGAACCAAAUCAAAUAAUUACCAAUGUGAAACGUUCCAACGAACCCGGCUGGCUCGAGGGCACUCUCAACGGGAAGUCUGGUUUGAUUCCAGAAAACUACGUAGAAGUACUAAAGUAAUCCGGAACGACAGCUGUUUACCACUAAAUCCACCAAAUAACAAACAAACAUGUGAGCCUACAAUCGUCAGAAUCGAAUUGUUUGUUCCACACAGAAAGGUACCAUAUAUUGUGUAGUUUAUCGACUAAGUGUUAACUGUAGGAAGCGAACAGGAGAGAUCGGUGAGCUGCACACUCUAAGGGAUUUCACUUCGCCUUGCGCCAUCCAACGGGAGAGUUCGGGCGGACCGCUGAAAUCCUCCUACUUGAGCCAGUAGGGAAAAUAUCAGGAUAUCAUAAUCACCAUCCCGGACAAAUUACGAAAGAUCCUUAUGUAUUUUUAACAAAGAAUUUUUCUCACGUUUUUAUUUUUGAAAAAUUUACUCAAAACUGAAAAAGGAAUGGCGAUAAAUCACUAAGACUACAUACGACUUUAACAAAUUGAUCCAUUUACAUCAUUCAAUCACCAGAUGAGGUUUAAAACUAUAUUCACUAAUACUACAGAUGAAUACAAAAAAGGCUGUUAUCUAAACCAGUAGCAUUGGCACAAUGAAGAUCACAAAUUUGCUAAACUUUUUAUUGAUUUUAUCGCUGAAGUAAUUUUAGAAGUAGAUGGAUUUCGAACAAAGCUAGCUGACUCAUUGUACCGUACUUAAUAGCAAAUCAAUGGCCGAAGUAGUGAAACGUCAUGGUAGAAGCUACUGCCCAGCAGACGAAUUAAACACAGGCACUAACAAAAACCGAACGCAAGUAAUUCUAAUAGACAACAUCGAAGGACCUAGCAGCGACGAAAACGACGAUGGCGAGUGAUGUGUUCCGAGCGCAAAGCAGAUGAGUAGCGUAAAACAAACAGGAUCACAAUAACAAACAUAAAACACCAAUAUAAUUGAGAUAAUGCAAAUAUCUAUAUUGAAAAAUAUAAAACAAAAGUUUAUGCAUGCAGCAGAUGUAUAUCAAUGGUUAAACGAUAAAACAUAGCACAUAGCAGAGAACAACCUAUUAGAACUCUAUUCACCAUAUGGCCGUAUGCAUCAUCAGAAUUUUCAACAGCGCAACAACACCACUGUCGUGUAUCAUCCUGCGUGUAUGCACAUCGAAUCGGAGGCGAUUUCAUUGUCAAAAAAAAAAACAACUAUCUGUGCACCGUCCAAGUCUGAGGCUGCUGUUUAUUUCUAAUUAAAUAGACUAGUUCGUCGCUUUACACAUUCUCUACCGAUACGUAGGCAAUUUAUGAUACUUUUACAGUUUGGAUUUUGAUACAUAUUUUUUAACAUUUUACACAAAAUGUUAGCGCUUUUUGGUUUCCGUGAACAUUUAUCGUAAACAAUUCAACUCAUUAUUUCAAAAUAAUCAUGUUAGUGUUCAUUAUUCUGCCCCUAUCCGCAUAACAGUCCCAUGUUUGCUGGGUUUCCUAUUCACACGGGACUGUUGGGCGAAUCGAGGCAGUAUUGCUCUCCAUACGAAAUACUUUGAGUUAUCAGAUACUAUACAGGUACCAUUAUUUCAAAUAUUUUACCGAUAAUAUGCACAUCUUUCUCGAAACGUACUAGUGGGAUUUUGACGAAUUAUGGAACGUUUGUUUGAAAACUUAUCAUUCUCUUGGGUUAACCUAUUGGUCGUUGAGUGUUCACUGUUAGGCAACCCACCUAAACUUUGGCUUCCGAAUUUCUAUUGCCAUCGGCUUUUGAAUACAUCGACGACGGAGCUCCACGUUGAAGAUCCAAUAAUUGUAAGGCCACCAUGCACCGCGGGCACCUAUGCAUGAAGACCUGCAUACAUACCUGGUUCCACUGGCGUUAUACAGAGUUCACGUUUAACUCUAACUUGCAAAGGUAGCUCUGACCUUUGUGAUUCGUGCACCUAUCUCGAUUUUGGUGCUGCUAUCGGAUGCCAUUUGGUUUCUAAAAUAGCGGAAGCUUUCAACAAUCUCCAUUGCUUGCACAGCUACCGUUACAGGCAGUUAUUGAGUGAGGAACGGAUGUUUCGGAUGGGUCCUAAAUGGCGGCAAAUAAUACCCCGUCCAGGGGUUUGCGUUAACAUCUAAUGAGGGCUUCAUGAUCGUCAAGGUCGACGGGGUCUCCUUCUAUAAUAGCUGUUAUGCGUCUGUAUGACGCCAGAACUGACAGAGCGAAGGCCGUGGGUAAUACCCGAUUACUUCAAUGCCUAGGCCGAGAUCCUGCUAAAGACGCUGCUCAAUGACGAUCUGGCUCAACGGAGCGGAGUCGAUCCUCUACGUUACUUUUUGUAGUCUUGGUCUAACAAUGUUUUUAACUGGAGGGUAGGCGAUGUCUUCACUCACAGAGACUACCUGAUGGUUAACUAUACUUCUUCUUCUUCUUCUUCUUCUUAUUUAUAGCUCUACGUCCGCACUGGGACUUGGCCUGCCUCGCUUCAACUUUGAGCUUCUUUGAGCACAUCCACAGUUAUUAAUUGAAGGGCUUUCUUUGCCUGCCAUUGCAUGAAUUUGUAUAUUGUGAGGCAAGUACAAUGAGACUCUAUGCCCAGGGAGUCGAGAAAAUUGUCCCGACCGGAACGGGAAUCGAACCCGCCGUCUUCGGGUUGACGAUUCAUAGCCUUAACUACUAGGCUAACUGGAGAUAGUAGUUCGCUACACGUUUACGAGCUAGGCGACGGACGCAGUGAGCACGUAUUGGACGAAGGGUGACUUUCCCGACUGUCAAAAAAAAAGUCACGCUCGAGACCGACAUAAGCGCAUGCAAACCUGUCACUUAAAAGGUGGUACACUGGUACAUCGAUAUACAACCGUUGACUGCUCUGACAACGCUGUGAUUUCGGCUCGCUUUCUCUUUCUCAUACCACACCAUCAGGCUUGUUGUUAUCUCUUUCUACUCCCAUUACAUACAUACAUUUAUUUGUUCAACAUCACAUUUAAGACAAGACAUAAUCAACAAUAGUACGCCACAAUACUCGGUUCGUGGUUGCCGCUCUCCAUCCUCGGUCGCGCCCAAUGCUCGCCAAGUCACGCUCCACCUGGUCCGCCCAUCGUGCUCUCUGCGCUCCACGCCUUCUUGUACCAACCGGAUCAGUAGCAAACACCAGCUUUGCAGGGUUGUUGUCUGGCAUUCUUGCAACGUGCCCUGCCCACCGUAUCCUUCCGGCUUUGGCCACCUUCUGGAUGCUGGGUUCUCCGUAAAGUGCAGCGAGUUCGUGGUUCAUCCUUCUCCGCCACACACCGUUCUCCUGCACGCCGCCGAAGAUCGUCCUUAGCACGCGUCGCUUGAAAACUCCGAGUGCUUGCAGGUCCUCCUCGAGCAUUGUCCAUGUCUCGUGCCCGUAGAGGACCGCCGGACGUAUUAGCGUUUUGUACAUGGUGCAUUUGGUGCGUGGGUGAAUCUUUUCCGACCGCAGUUUCUUCUGGAGCCCGUAGUAGGCCCGACUUCCACUGAUGAUGCGCCUCCGAAUUUCACGGCUCACGUUGUUGUCAGCCGUCAGUAAGGAUCCGAGGUAGACGAAUUCCUCCACCACCUCGAAAGUAUCCCCGUCUAUCGUAACAUUACUACCCAGACGGAUCCGGUCGUGUUCGGUUCCGCCUACCAGCAUGUACUUUGUUUUUGAGGCAUUCACCACCAGUCCGACUGUCCGAUCACGGACACUGGACGGAGGGAUGGCCGGCUCUUCCCACCGAAGAGGGCCGCAGGAGCAAAGCUGCAGACGAUAGCUCGACGACUUGGAAUAACUCUUAAGUGGUUAGCCUUGUAAAAGGCUGAUGGUUUCGGCUGUCCAAGUAAGAAGAGUCGUUUCACUUUAACGAUGUUUAUUUGAUCACUAUUUUACAAAGACUGAUUGCUCUUCGAGCAAAUGCGAUCACUUAUAUAUCCCACCCCAGCAUACCCAAAACACACCAUCCACCAAUCAGCGCGAGCCUCGCUCGCAUUGGUUGAUGCCCAGAAUAGAACAUGUUGUGGCAUGUUCUUGGCGUCUCUUCUCCACGUAUGAUGCAGGAAUGUUCUCGAAUCGUGUGCUGUUGGUGACAGCGUCGACGCAGGGAUGAAAUGAAGUAUACAGGGACUUCGCUUCGAGAGCGAACACCGACCUUUGCUGCUUCGCGUUUCAGGCGGGUGUGCAGCUCUGCCACCUUUCCAAAUGUUCUGGCAAUAAUGUCCACGUCGUCCGCAAAGCACACAAAUUGACCGGAUUUUGUAAAAAUCGUUCCCCGGCUGUUGAGACCGGCUCGUCGCAUCACACCUUCCAGAGCGAUAUUGAAGAGUAGGCAUGAGAGUCCAUCACCUUGUCGCAGUCCACGGCGAGAUUCGAAUGAACUGGAUAGUUCACCCGAAACCCUUACGCAGUUUUGCACACCGUCCAUCGUUGCUUUAAUCAGUCUAGUCUGCUUCCCAGGAAAGCCGUUUUCGUCCAUGAUUCUCCAUAGCUCUGCGCGGUCGAUACUGUCGUAUGCCACCUUGAAGUCGAUGAACAGGUGAUGCGUUGGGACCUGGUAUUCACGGCAUUUCUGGAGGAUUUGCCGUACGGUGAAGAUCUGGUCCGUUGUCGAUCGGCCGUCGAUGAAGCCGGCUUGAUAACUUCCCACGAACUCAUUAGUUUUAGGUGACAGACGACGGAAGAUGAUCUGGGAUAGCACUUUGUAGGCAGCAUUCAAAAUAGUGAUCGCCCUGAAGUUCUCACAUUCCAAAUGGUUGCCUUUCUUGUGAAUGGGGCACGCUUCCAGAAUCUCAUAUUGCAUUAUGGUUAGGACUUAUCUUUACAACAAAUAGUGUAGAUGGUCUCUCAAGUAACCAGUUCGGCUUUCGGAAGGGGAGCUCGAUCGUAGACGCUAUCUUGUCGGCUACUAAAACUGCCGAGAUAGCUCUCCAGUGUAAGGGCACCGUUAUAGUAACGCGUGAGAGUGGGAGUGCUCGUGUGCGAAGUCGCAAAGAAAAAUAUCAACAACAGUAAAUCCACGCAAAUCCUUUGGACGCGCACUCCUACUCUCACUUUGACGCGGUACUAUGGCAGCGCAGUAAGAGACGGGGAACACGCUGUUGUGCAGAAAUGACCCUCGAUGUAAGGAAUGCGUUCAAUAAUAGCCAGAGCGCCCAUCGGUCGAAGUGUACCCGAGUACAAAUGUGGAUCGAAAUGGAUUGCAUAAACUCAGAAGUUUCGCAAGGUUCCAUGCUUGGUCCCAGGCCCGGAUUAAGGAUUGUGGAGGCCCGGGGCCCGAGCGGAUGUGGAGGCCCCUCGGAGAGAUGACCAAAAAUGUUUUUCCUUAUUUUCGAACAGUACUUAAGCAAUAUGAAAAAUAAAGUUAAUGUUAGCAACCAAAAAAUGUUUUUGUGGGGGCCCCUAAAAUGUGGGGGCUCGGGGCCCGGGCCCCCCUGGCCCCCCCUUAGAUCCGGCCCUGCUUGGUCCGGUGCAGGGGGAGCGACACUAGUUUUGCCAAGCCAAAAAACCUCAAAAAAGCUGAAAAAGCGCAAAAAAGUCGCUAAAACCCGCAAAAGUUUUGCGGUUUUCUUCGACUUUUUUUCGGCUUUUUUUUGGGGUUUCGGCUUGGUAAAACUAGUGUCGCUCCCCCCGGUCAGGUGUUAUGAAAUGAUUAAGUAUGCUGGCUUCGUUGGAGGUCUAGGGUGAAUCGAUCAAGGAGUAGAGCUGACUGCUGCCCACUCGAUCGCGGUUGUGGAGGAAUAGAUGAGCUCCAGGAAUUCGGAAUUGACUCACUGCGCAAAACUGAGGUGGUUGUUGUGAACAACCAGAAGUUGGAGCAGCAUGCGGUGAUUAGGGCAUGUCAUGCGAUCGCCUUAUCACUACGAAGCGUUCCAUCAAAUACUUGGGAGCGAUGAUCGACGAUGAACUUACCUUUGGUGGCCACGUUGAUUACGUCUACAGAGAUUUUCACAGCUACACCAGAUUCUUUUUGGCUAUAACAUGGUCAAUUUUUGCGUUAUUUUUCGUACACAGAUAGUACUAAUAGUAGUACUAGAAUCAUUCGGCGCCAGUAGUGUUUUACGUCGGCUGGGUCUAGGAACUAAGCCUUAAUAAUCCGACACCCAGGGAGACCGCCACCACACCUGGGACCCUACAUAUCGAACCCAUCAACACAUGGGCCGGGACCUAUGGCUUUACCUCCUAUCCGAGGGAAGGCGUGAUCACGGAUUUUAUGUCUCAGAAACGAAGUCAAUAAUUAGUAUUCUGUCGUGUCUGGAAGAUUACCGUAAUCCGGGGUCAAAUUGAUCACUUUAAAACAACUUUUGCGGAUAAUAUUAGUGGAAUUAAAAAUAUUACCAAAAGAAUUUCUGUAAAAUCAGUACCCAGUGGAUCUCCAUGGAACAACGUGACAGAAUUUUGUUCAACAAAUUUAAACUUUAAGUUAAAUAACUCCAAAUAUCAAAAAAUUGCAAAUGCCACUUUGGGGCGAAAUUGAUCAGUAUAUAAUUAAGCAUCGGUUGGAAAGGAAAAUUUCCUUCUCCGCUUAAUUUUGCUCUUCUAAAACCGAAUAACGCGUUUAAAAUCUUACAACUAGUGAAUUUAAUACUUUAAAUGCAACAUUAAAUUUUGAAAUUUCCUUUUAAACGCCUAAAGGUAGAGAAUUUCAUUUGAAAUAAGUUAUUUCUGUCACAAUAAAUGACUAUUUCAACAUAAAAUGUACUUUUUUUUUUAACUAUUUCAUGUUCUUAUUAGCUACAUAACUUUGCAACCAAGGCUCCACAAAAAUGUUAAAACAGAGAAUUCACGGGAAGUCCUAUUAGCAAUCGAUUGUAUAAUAGCUAUGGUUUCAGCUAAAUGAGUAAUAUAUUGCAAAUCCCUAAAAAAAUAAGGCAAAAAUAACAUUUUUCUAACAAAAUAAAAUUCUACACUCAUCUCUAGACAUCUACGAACCAGAUAACGUAAAAAAAUUAAGAUCAUUACGACGCUUAAGAGUUCAUAGUAUGGAAUUACAAUGUAGUACCCGAAUGAUCAAUUUCACCCCGCUGAUCAAUUUGACCCCGGUUUACGGUACCGAAUACGUUAUGAUGUUAUAUUACAAUUACAAUGAUUAAAAUAAAAAGUAUGCAGAGCAAUAAAACGCUACAUUUUUAUCCGCUGAAAUUGAGCACCAUAAGUUAAAAUUCGCCUAUUUAAACAAAAGCCUUAGUUUGUUCGUCGCCUGAAAGAACUGAUCACUAACACAAACAACCAGACGCAAACUGCACUGUCGCCACCUAGACUUUCAUCGUAGAACUACACUAACGAGUAACACUCGCCAAAAAAAAAAACACAAAAUCUAAGGUACAUUUCUGAAUAAGUGUAAUAUAUGUACAUUCAUUCUAACUAAAUGGAAAGCUGUUAAAAUAGAAACGCGGAAAGUGUCGUCCACGGUAGGAUUGUAGCAUCCCGCCCACGAACACGACAUCCCUCAUUAACUCCCUGCCAAAUGCAUUCCAUACAAGUCCAGCGCCGUGUUCAUUUGUGGUGUGCUUAAUCCUCUCUGGACGACUAUUUGGAAAAUGGGAAACCAAUAUAGGAGAGGGCGCAAAAUAUGUGGAAAACAAUGACACCAGAAGAAAUAAACUUCUAGCAUUAAGAUUAGUGUUGUAAGUGUAUAAAAGAAAACAAAUUAAGAACAAAAGAUUUAGAAGAUGAACCUCUGCAACCACAGCGGCUAAUUGACACUAACGAACUACUGCAAAACCAAAACCGUUACUGAGAUCUUUAUCGAGAGGGUAUUUUUUCCUACAAGCUUUUCGAUUUAUUUUUAAAAAGGUGUGUUUGAUUACCAACCUAAUUGAAUUGGAAUUUAGAAUUUUGUAUAACAUGUUCACAUAACUUAGGAAGUAUCGCUGUAACUAUGUCCUUGGUAUUAAGGAGAUAAGACAAAAUUCUUUUCCAUUAUGAGUUGCCAUAUAACGUACAAACGAAAUUCAUUUCAAAUGAACUAAAAAUUGGGUCUUGUUCUUCAUUUUACGAGGUCCGUUGAAACUUAUACCUUUCAACUUCAAUUCUGUCACAUUCGACUCGGUUUCGGCUAUACUCAAAAACAUUCCGUAAUUUUUAAAAUCUACCCUUCCUUUAGUAAGAUUAUUUCAAACACAAAGAAAGUAUUCUAAUCUUAGUCUCCUCUCACCAUUCACUGGGAAUAAACCUGUGAUAGAGUCACAAAAGCUAUUGGAGAAACACAUUGGUCCUAGUUAAACCAUUCUUUUACGAACUUGUUUUAAUUUCUUCGCGAUUUCCUUGUUCCUCCAUCAGUUUUACCAUCAGUUUAGUAAAAAUUGUACAUAUUAAGUUGUAUUAGGUUAGGCUCGUUAUGAUUAUCCUUAUUGUUGAGUUUUAGCAACUUUUGAAGCACAUUUUAUUAACAACCGUAAACCGGACACACUACCUAUAAAUACAGCAAUGACCCCUGAACUGAAACGGUCAGGCCAACCAACAAACUUUCAGUAGCCAAGUAUUAUGAGAAGACGGAGAGUACACUUUGGGCAACUAGAUCCACGUUGCUUUUACUGGUUUGGUUAUACUUUUAAGCACUUCACUGAAAAGCCAAUCAAUUUUGUAAAUAACGGUCUAGGAUUUAACCACACGUGUAUAAAAUAUAUUGUUAUUUAAUUUUAUGCUUUUUGAAGAAGUCAUUUGUGAAAUCUUUAACAACUAAACAAAACACAGAGAAUACAUUGCAAGAUGUGUAUGUAUUAUUUUAUUUAUACAAAUAUCUCGAUGAAUGAUUCCUCGGUAUGUGAAAGUACAGUCAAAGAAAAAAUAAAACCUUAAAUCUGCAAAUAA